CAAUAAAUCAACUUCUUCUUCCUCCUAAUACUAAAAGAAAAAAAAACCAGAUCACGAGCCACGCAUCUCACGACCAAAGUUAAUUAAUUACAGGGAAAAUAAAAUCAACUUCUCCCUCCUUUUACGGAACGCAUUAAUAAAUACUCCGUUCACAUCUGCGACACCGCAACAAAUCCGUGAAAAAGGAAAUCCUUCACACACAAUUCUCUCUCAUCGAACCCCAGACGCAAACCCAAAUCCUACCCGAUGGGACUCACCUCCACAGAACCAGACACUGAAUCCUCUCUCCUCCUCCCCACCACCGCCGCCACCACCACCACCACCACCACAAACAGCACCAUCUCCCAACAAAAAAUCCCAAAAGACACAUUCCACUUAGCCUACAUAAUCUACUUCACUCUAGGCCUCGGCUUUCUCCUUCCAUGGAACGCAUUCAUCACAGCCGUUGAUUACUUCUCUUACAUCUACCCAGAUGUCUCAGUUGAUCGCAUCUUCUCCGUUGCUUACAUGGUCGUGGGCCUGGCGUGUCUUGUAGUAAUCAUCCUUUUUUAUGCACAUAAAUCUGAUGCUUAUUUGAGAAUUAAUCUGGGUUUGGGUCUUUUUAUUGUGGCUCUUUUGGUUGUUCCUGUUAUGGAUGCUGUUUAUAUUAAGGGUCGGGUCGGGUUGUAUGAUGGGUUUUAUGUUACUGUUGGGGCUUUGGCACUUUCGGGUAUGGCGGAUGCUUUAGUCCAAGGUGGACUUAUUGGUGCUGCUGGUGAAUUGCCUGAGAGGUAUAUGCAAGCCGUUGUUGCUGGCACUGCUGCCUCUGGGGUCCUUGUUUCACUUCUAAGAAUUUUAACCAAAGCUGUAUAUACACAAGAUUCCCAUGGUUUGCGAAAGAGUGCGAACCUCUACUUUGCUGUUGGAAUUGUAGUUAUGGCCAUCUGCCUUGUCUUUUACAACAUGGCACAUAGACUGCCAAUUAUGAAGUACUAUGCUGACUUGAAAAUUCAGGCAGUGAAUGAGGACAAAGAGGAGAAAGGUUCCUUGACUGGAGCUCGUUGGCGGUCAACCUUGUGGGAGAUUGUUUGCAGCGUCCAAUGGUAUGGGAUUGGAAUUGUCAUCAUCUAUGUUGUAACUUUAUCGAUAUUUCCAGGAUAUAUAACGGAGGAUGUGCACUCUGAGAUUCUCAAGGACUGGUACUCAAUCAUCCUCAUUACUGGCUACAAUGUGUUUGACUUGGUUGGCAAGUCUUUGACUGCUGUCUAUCUCUUAAAGAAUGCAAAGAUUGCCAUUGGUGGUUGUUUUGUAAGAUUGCUGUUUUAUCCUCUCUUCUUUGGCUGCUUGCACGGUCCUAAAUUCUUUCGAACAGAGAUUCCAGUAACAAUACUCACAUGUCUUUUAGGGCUAACAAAUGGCUAUUUGACUAGUGUUCUGUUGAUUCUUGCUCCCAAGGUUGUCCCCUUACGGCAGGCAGAGACUGCCGGAAUUGUGAUGGUGCUGUACCUUGUGGUUGGCCUUGCUACUGGAUCAAUUGUAGCUUGGUUUUGGGUCAUCUGAUAUUGAGGCAUAUUAUUUGUAUUUUCAGCUCUUGACAACCGCUGUCAUUCCUCUUUGUCAAGCUUCAUGUUAAAUCUAGGAUGGGCUGUCAGUUUCCAUUCUGUAAAGAUUAUUUGUAAUGUAAACUCGUUGUGAGUAAAUUCUUUAUGGUAAAUCCCCAAGUUAUGUUUUGAAA